GUCGCAGUUCGUUCCCCCGCAUUGCCUUGUGUGGGCUGGUGCUGGCAGUUGGUAGGGAUCAGUAUGCAUAGUAGUUGUAGACGGAAAGGUCAUGCUGGAAGUGGUCUCGUGUAGUUGCCAGAGCCAAACCGUGGUGUUUCGAGUUUUGUAAGAACCAGCAGUAUAAUCAACGAAGUAGGAUUUAAUCAAAUCGAACGCUUUCUAAGCAAUGGGUACGAAAAACGAAGACGACGUACUAGAAGGUGGGACCACGUGUAGUAUCGAUGGCCAGAGAGUGGCUCUUAAGCGAAAAAUUACACUUCAGAACGGCGUUGCGAUUAUUGUGGGGACAAUAAUUGGUUCAGGAAUUUUUGUGUCGCCAACAGGAGUGUUUAUACAAACCAAGUCAGUAGGCGUGUCUCUAAUAGUCUGGCUUUUUUCCGGUAUAUUCUCCAUGCUGGGAGCUCUCUGCUACGCUGAACUUGGGACUUGCAUUACUCGUUCAGGAGGUGAUUAUGCUUACAUUAUGGAAGCUUUCGGUCCGCUGUGGGCUUUCUUACAGCUGUGGGUGAACCUCAUUGUACUUAGACCAACAACUCAAGCAAUUGUUGCAUUGACAUUUGCACAGUACGCUGCCAAACCGUUCUUUCUGGACUGCUCGCCACCUGAGAAUGCAGUACGACUUCUAGCAGCUGUCUGCCUAUGCUUAUUGACGGCAGUGAACUGCUUCAGUGUCCGGUGGGCUAUGAGAAUCCAGGGACUGUUCACGGCUGCCAAGUUGCUGGCAUUAGUGGCCGUCGUCAUAGCUGGUGUUGUCCACAUUUCCGGAGGAGAAACUGCCUACUUCAGGGAGCCUUUUGACGGAGAAUACAGUGUCGGUAGCGUCGCCGUUGCCUUCUACUCCGGCCUCUUUGCCUUCGGGGGCUGGAACUUCCUUAACUUCGUCACAGAAGAACUUCAGGAUCCUUACAGAAAUCUUCCCCGCGCAAUCUGGAUUGCUAUGCCUAUUGUAACGCUGAUUUACUUCACUGCCAACUUGGCGUACUUCGCUGUUGUGUCCGGAGAAGAGAUGCUCUCGUCACCUGCCGUUGCGGUGACUUUCGGGAAUAAAAUGUUUGGUGAAUUCCGUUGGGCCGUUCCCGUAUUCGUGGCAUUAUCUACGUUUGGUGGCGUGAAUGGAAUUCUAUUCACAUCAGGUCGUCUAUUUCUGGUUGGUGCUCAGGAGGGACAUCUUCCUUCCUUUUUCUCAUUCAUCCACAUACGAAAGUUUACGCCAGUACCGUCCCUCGUAUUCACGUGUCUGAUGUCUCUGGUGAUGCUGUGUAGCAGUGAUGUAUUUGAACUGAUUAACUACUUCAGUCUUAUCCUGUGGCUUUCGAUAGCAGCGAGCAUUGUGGGAUUGCUGUACCUCCGUUACAGGGAACCUAACAUGCCUCGUCCAAUCCGGGUCCAUCUGGCAUUGCCCAUUUCAUUUCUAAUUUGCUGCGUCUUUUUAGUAUCUAUUCCAGCAGUAGCAGAGCCAGUAAAUACAGUUAUUGGGUUUGCAAUUACUCUGACUGGAAUACCAGUGUAUUACAUAUUUGUGAAAUGGAAAAUCAAAUCAAAAAGAUAUGAGAGAACGUUCAAUAAGAUCUCAUCUUUGUUGCAAACUUUACUGGAGGUGGUCUCACCAGAGGAAGAGGAGAGGUUACUUGGACCUACCAAAACUUAAGAUUCAAUUUCUUACUUUGUAAAAUGUCAUAUACUGUAACAUUCCAUGUCAGCUGGUCCAAAUAUAAGAGCAGAUGCCAAAGAUUAUAUCAGAACCCAAAGUUCAUUCACUGUUUGGUGCAGUGAAUUGGGUGAAUCUCAGUAGGGGUAACGUUUAAUGUUUAUAAAUGUACGUUCAUAUAGCUACCAUGAACUUGUCAUUUUGAUGUACGUUGUACUUGGAAAUGUAUUAUAUGACAAUCCUUUCAGAGUGAACAGCAGUAUUACUUGCAUAUACCUAAAUUGGAAAUAUGUUUUCUGGUUUAUUUAAAAUGUAAAUAUCCAUACUUAUACUGUUAUAUAUUUUCUUAUGGAAGAUGUCGCAUACAAUCUCUGAAACAAGUUCUUAUAUUUAGUAUUUGUAAUAAAUGUCACAUAAUACCUGA